GGCCGCGGCGCGAGCGGGGCCCUCUCUCGAGCGCAACAGACCCCAGUCUCAGCACGAGACCACGAGAAACCGCCAGCCGCCUGUAACUGCGCACGGCACACCGGCGGCGCGAACGGAGAGUGAUUCAUAGAAAGAAAAAUACAGAGACAGGGGGACAGAAGCGCCUCUGUCUCGUUUGUGGAGAAGAUUUACUGGCUCGCUAUCUGUUCGGCUAGCUGCAGCGGUGUGGGACUAGCAUAGCACAAGCUUUUGUAAUCCACAGCCGGCCUCGAAAACACACAAACAUACAACACAAAGCGAACCAGGCCACAUACCUUUUGGACGGAAUAUACGAAACACCCGAAGAGAGAGACGGGACCGGCGGAGACGGGGGCUGGCUCUGAGGGGUGUGGCUGCAGGACUAGACUCAAUGAGUUUCCAGCGAAAUGUCAGAGAAGUCAGGGCAGAGCACCAAGGCAAAGGAUGGCAAGACCAAGUAUGCAACCCUUAGCCUAUUCAACACUUACAAGGGCAAGUCUCUGGAGACCCAGAAAACACCAGUUGCUGCCAGACAUGGGCUCCAAAGUCUGGGCAAAGUCGCGGUCAGUCGACGCAUGCCCCCUCCAGCCAAUCUGCCCAGCCUAAAAGCUGAGAACAAAGGCAACGACCCCAACGUCAGCAUUGUACCCAAGGACGGUAGUGGGUGGGCCUCCAGACAAGAUCAGCCAGGAGACGAACGGCAGCAAGAGACCCCUCCACCACAGCCAAAACCAUCUGUGCCCCAGACCACUGAUGCCCCUCUGGGAGGCAGCCGCUCCUGGGCCAACAGCAAACAGUCUGGGCAGCUGGACGGAUCUCCUCGCAUGAGCAGUCAGUUCCAUCAGGAGUUUCCAAGUCUGCAGGCUGCAGGUGAGGUGGAGAAAUCAGAUGACCAGGAAGAUGAGCCCUAUGGACCGGGCCCCAGCCUCAGACCUCAGAAUGUGGGUAGCUGGCGAGAAGGUGGAGGUAGGAACCUAAAUAUUGCUCCCAGCCCCUCUGAGACAGACAGUAUGCCCCCUGAGGCAACAGGGGUAGGUCGAGGAACACCAUCUCCCUCAGUUGACUCUGAUGAGACAGGGAAACCCUCUGUUGGGGAGGGCAGAGAAAAGAGAGAUGCCAGAGAGAGACUCCCACCUACUGGCCCUCAGCAUAAACUCAACGGUGGGCAGCAGCCACUGGGAGGGAUUUCAUCAUCUCAGUUCCAUGCCCAGUUCAAGAGCAUGAUGCCACCAUAUAUGUUCAAUGCGUACCCUCGAGGGCCCUUUCCUCCUGCUCAAGCCAACUUAAGAUACCCUGUACAACAGGAAAUAUCAAAGGGUUCACGGUCUGGUGGAAGACCGACCCAGCCUCAAUCUCGGGCAUGGCUGCAGGAUCCAGACAGGCCAUCAAUCGUUAGUGCCACUGAAUUAAAAGAGCUAGACAAUCUAGACACUGAUGCUGAUGAGGGCUGGGCAGGUGCCCAGAUGGAAGUCGACUAUACUGAAAAACUGAACUUUAGUGAUGAUGAGGAAAACCAUUCAGCUAAAGAGAAAGGAGAUAACUGGGAGUGGAUGACUAAAGUGGAUCGUCUGCGUCCAAGAAACACAAAUGCCCAGGAGGGAUGGAAAGGAGGAGCACAGGAGAGGAGUGACAGCAAGAGUUCAUGGGCGGAGAGUGGAGACACCAGGGCUCCCUCCCAUGGCAAUAUUGGCCAUUAUAGCAAGAUGACAUAUUCGCAAGACCACCAGGGCCAACAUGUUGGACGUUCUUUGGAAAGUGGUGGACCCCGUGUUACAAAACCUUCCACUACAGCACCCCCUACUGCUGAGGAGUUAACAGAGGCAUGGCGACAAAAACGGAAGAAACAAUCAGAGAUCUCAGAGGCGGUGGAACGUGCACGUCGACGGCGUGAGGAGGAGGAACGGCGCAUGGAAGAACAGAGACUUGCUGCCUGCAAAGAGAAACUCAAACAGCUGGAGGAGAAACAGCGAACUUCCAUGACUUUAGAAACUACUAAACCAACUACGCAAACUCACACUGAUCACCAGGAAGUGACUGAAACUGUGCCUAAACUACCUGCUGAAACUCCUCCCCCUCCACCUACCCAUGUACAGCCGUGCUGCCCUCCCAUGCAAACUCAUGAAAGGACAGAGUCCACUUCGGAGGAGGUGCCACAAUUAGAUUCCCGGCAACCUAGCCCUCCUGUCCUCAGGGCUGCUUCCGAACCCCAAAGCAACAUUGUUUCUGCUGUAACUGAGGAAGUCCAUAGACCAGUUGAGAGACAACCAAUGAGAGACUACUUUAGCACCGAGGAGAUCCGAGUUGAGGAGCCUCAGUUGUGUCUAUCCAGACUGGAUUACUCUGUUAGUGAAGAUGUACCUCUUCCACAACUGGAAAAUGAGGGAGACACAGGAGCUGCUGUUCGCCCUUCAGUCACCUCUGGAUACUCUAAACAGUUCCAGAAGUCUUUGCCACCCAGAUUCCUCAGACAACAGCUUAAACAACAACAGUGGCAGCAGCAGCAGCAUCAACAACAACAGCACCAACAGCAACAACAACAGGGUGGAGGAGGUCCAGUCUCUCCCUCAGGGGGUUCUGUUCCCCCUCAGCACAGAUCCCUCUACCAACCUCUUGGCCCCCACCAUCAACAUCUUGCCUCAAUGGGUUUUGAUCCACGCUGGUUAAUGAUGCAAUCAUAUAUAGACCCCCGAAUGAUGUCUGGACGGCCACCAAUAGACAUGCCUUCUAUGCACCCUGCAGGUAGAAUGCCUCCAAAGCAACUAAUACGGCGAGAGCCCACAGACAACAGCAGCUCUGGUUCGGACUUGUUUGAUCAUCUGACCCGACCAAUAAGAGAACACAGAGUUCCCAGUGAGCCUCGAAUGGUAUGGGAUACUGACCCGUAUCCCCAAACUGAGCCCUUGACCACCUCCACGAUUAAUAAAGGGCGAGAUGGUGGCAUGGAACCUAGACUGGACACUGGUUUAGAGCUGGACAGAGGUCUAUCAGUUGUUUACCCUCAAGACCAUAGCUCACCUGAGCCUCGGGGCAAGAAUGACUACUUCAGGGAUUCAUCUGAGCCCUUGUCUGCUUUUAGUCAUAUUUCAGAAGAGGAUCCAAGUCUACUACAGUCUGGAAGAGCACCAGUCAUCUCUUCCUUUGAGCCAGAGGAGGCCAACCUCUCUGCUGCAGAGGAGGUUGAAGCCAUUGGACAGGCUGUACUGAAAAGAAGCAUCUCUCAAGGCUCCAAUCACUCUCUAAAACUGGAAGAGCCCAGAUUUGAAGGACUUUCCAUAGCACAGAAACCCCCAGACUUUACUGAUGCUGGGGAAAGACCUGAGGAGAAGUCCAGAAAGGAGUCUUUUAUUCAAGGAUCUGGGAUCAACAACUGUGCCACCCUUCCUGUAGCCAAUGAUGGUAUGCACAAAACAGACAAACAGCUCUUACCUGCACCCACCAAGCAGAAGUCAGAGAUGCGCUGGGGAUUCCGUGGAACCGGAGCAGGGAGGAGAGAAGGACCUGGAGGAGAGCGGCCUGUCAGGAGGUCUGGACCUAUUAAGAAACCUGUGUUGCGGGACAUGAAGGAAGAGCGGGAGCAGAGAAAAGAGAAAGAAGAGCAGCAUGAACGAGGGGAGAGGUCGAAAAAAGAUGGUGCUGCUCCCAAAGGUGCUCCUUUAGCUGCUGUAGUGUCGUCUGAUGGACAGAAGCCCUCUGGAGAUGGCAAGAAAGGAAUGGUUGAAUCUAAGGUGGGAACAGCCAUUGGUGGAGCAAAAUCCAGAGAUAUACAGACAACAGCAGGUUUGGCAGCUGCAUCUGUUGUGAAUGAAAAGCCUGACAAGCCUGCAACAAGUGACAAACGUUCUGAACUCAAACUACCAUCUCGCAAAGACUCCAAUCUUCCUCCUAGAGCUUUCCAGAGAGAGGAGAGGGAGCGAGACCGAGAUCGGGACCGAGAGAGAGACAGAGACACAGAAAGGGAGAGAGACUGGCCUUCUGAUGCCAAUUUUAAAGGCCGUGGUCGUGGAGAGUACUAUUCCCGUGGCCGGAGUUUCAGAGGCAGCUAUGGUGGAAGGGGAAGAGGUAGCCGUGGUCGAAGUCGAGGGGACUACCCAUACAAAGAGCCACGGUCACGUUCAGACUUGCCAUUAAGUGCUACAGGGACAGCUGGCUUCCGCUGUCGGGAAGAGAGUGAAACUCGCAGUGAGAGCUCAGAUAUUGAAGUCUUACCAAAGCGCAGACGCAGGCGAGGCUCAAACACAGACUCUGAAAGUGAAGGCAGAGAAUCUGCCAGUGACACUGGAGCAUCGGAUCGUGAGCCCAGCAAAAAAGCGAGCAGACCGCUCCGUCGUGGGCUGCCAGAAUCUCGCUCCUCUAAAGCAGCCUCAGGCUUUUUGGCAGGACAUUUUUCGGAAAAAACUUUGUCCAGGGACGAGGAUGGGCGGCCAAAACCAGGUUUUCUGUUAAAGGGGGAAGUGCCACACUGGGGCAAGGGAGGCUUGCACAGCAGGAGAGGAGGUGGCAGGGAGAGGGGCAGCCACAGGUCUACUCCUCUCCGUCGGGCAAUGGUCAAAGAGGGUUCACAGUGGCCCUCAAAGCCCAUGGAUACCUUCCGGCCAGAGGAAGCUGAAACUUCUCGCACUGAUAGCACACCCUCUGAACGAUGGCACACCAAAUAUGAAAAUAAUAAGUUUGGAGAAGGUGGACAAAGCAUUAGGGAGAGACCUCGGAGACCUCGUGCAGCCCGCCCUCCCAGACAGGACAAGCCCCCGCGAUUUCGGAGGCUUAAAGAGCGGGAGGCAGCAGGGAAUGCUGGGGAAGCUACACCUGGCAUUGCGGUACCUACAUCUGUUUCACCAAUGCGGUCUAAAGCCCCUGGAACUCAUGUCACUUUGCCUGUGGGAGCUGCUAAUGCCAAUGCAGCACCGCCUCUUUCUUCUGAUGUGACUCCCCCUGAACUGCCUGUUACAGAGGUGGUUCUUCCUGAAAUUGGAAACACCAGAGUAGUUGCUGCUGGCAGUAAAUCACCUGACUUGUCCAAUCAGAACUCCUCUGACCAGGCCAAUGAGGAGUGGGAAACGGCCUCUGAGAGUAGUGAUUUUAACGAACGGAGAGAGCGAGAGGACAAGAAACAACUUGAAGUAGAUGUGACGGAAACCUUUUCCUCCUCUUCUGCACCUGCACAGAUCUCUAGGGUACAGAGCAAGUCACCCACAGAAGGUGUGGCAAUCCUGAAACGAGAGUCAGCCACGGCUGCCAAGAGGAGCUUCUCCAGCCAGCGGCCUGUGGAUCGACAGAAUCGCAGGGGAAAUAGUGGGCCUAAAGUGGGUCGAGGGUACGCUGGAGGCAGGGGCGAGAGAAGAGGAGGAUCUGGAGCAAAACCGGGACGUAGAGGUGCUCCUGUUCAGAAUGCAGAGGUUGCUCAGGCCGGUAUAGGUCAGAAGAUGGUGAAAGAGUCACAUUCAAGCCGCAGGAAAGAGGAGGCAAAACAAGCUGUCAAAAAACCCAAAGAGAAAGAAAACGCUCUGUCUCAGUUUGAUCUCAACAACUAUGCCAGUGUGGUGAUUAUUGAUGACCACCCAGAAGUCACGACACUUGAGGACCCUCAGUCAAACUUGAACGAUGAUGGGUUCACUGAGGUUGUUUCAAGGAAACAGCAGAAACGUCUGCAGGAUGAGGAAAGGAGGAAGAAAGAAGAGCAGACUGCACAGAACUGGUCUAAAAAAGGCUCUGGAGAGAAAGGCAGAGGAGGUGGGUCAAAACUGCCUCCACGGUUUGCCAAAAAGCAACAACAUCAGCAGUCUUCAGCUCCACAGAGCCAGUCUGUCCCCCAACAGCCUCAACCGCAGCCAGCUAUCACUGUGUCUCAGCACAACCUUCCUGCCUCUAACCAGAGCACUAGCAUGCCCCAGCCUCUAGAGGGUGCUGUAGCACCUUUACCCCCUGUGCCAGUAGACUUCCCACCGAAGAGCCAGACGCACAACACCCUUGGCACAGAAUUGUGGGAGACCAAGUUGGCUGGUUCCACUGUUAUCCCCGAUGUCAAGAAAUUUGGACCUAUCAGCCCUCCCCAGCCUCCAUCGGUCAGUGCCUGGAAUAAACCUCUCACUUCAUUUACAGGGACUGUGACACCUGAGGGUGUGAAAGCAGGCACAGAAAGUGGGGUUGAGCUUUGCAUGGAAAGCAUCCAGUUUGGUGCCCCCUCUUCAGCAGGAAGCACUGACAGUGACGGAGUGCCUGCCCUGCUGGAGAUAACCUCUAACAAUAAACUACCCGAACCCAAAGAACAGAGACAAAAACAGCCCCGUGCUGGACCUGUCAAACCUCAAAAGUUGCCUGACACCCCCCCGUCAGAGCCCAAGGAAUAUAAACCCGGUCCCAUCGGUAAAGAGCGUUCACUAAAGAACCGUAAGGCUGCCAAAGAUGUGCUUCAGUCCGAUGGAGAGGGCCUGGAUAAAAGUGUAGCUGGAGGUAACCGAGAAAGAGACUCCAGCUCACCCACUAAAGACAAAGUUCCUGAGCUGGGUGGAGAUAUUGAGGGCAUGAUCACUGCUCCAUCAGCAGAAUACUCCAGCAGCUCGAAGGAAUCAGUGACUGACUACACAAUCCCAUCCUCCUCAUUGUCUGACAAUGUCCCCACUGCAGGGACAAAGAUGGAGGAGAGCCUCGUGACUCCUGUCCUCCCUCACACAUUGCCUCUUCCACGUAGAGAAGCCCUUCAGCAGAGCUCCAGCCUUGCCACUGUUUCUCCUGCUACUGUCGACCUCACACUCAAAAUGGAGUCAGCACGUAAGGCAUGGGAAAACUCCCCCAGUCUCGGAGAGAAGAGCUCGCCUGUCACCUCCUCUGCCUCCCCCAUCACUACUGGAGGAGCAGGCAGUGCCUCCUUCAACUCCUUCUCCAGUGCUUCAGUGCCUCAGAUACCUGUGGCUUCAGUCACCCCCAGUACCUCUUUGUCCGGAUCUGCUACCUACACGACGUCCUCUCUCAGCACAAAAAGUACCUCAGCAUCUGACCCUCCCAACAUCUGCAAGGUGAAACCCCAGCAGCUGCAAAGUUCAGGAAUAUCCAGCAGUAACUUCUCCCAUCUGGGUUGUGUGCCCUCUCUCUUACCACAGCAGCAACAGACACCACAGGUGUUCGUAUCCCAGUCUGCAGCAGGUUCUGCCGCCCAAAUCCCAGCCUUCUACAUGGACACCACUCACUUGUUCAGUACGCCUCACCCUCGCCUGGCUCCUUCUAUAGCCCAACAGCAAGGCUUUCAGCCAGGACUCUCACAGCCCACGGCAGUGCAGCAGAUCCCCAUCCCCAUCUACGCUCCUCUGCAGGGGCAGCACCAGGCCCAGCUAGGCCUCAACAAUGGAUCUCCUGUGUCUCAACCUCAAGACCUCUUCAGCUCCUCCAUACAGACCUACAGGUACCGCAGCCUGAUGAACAUCUGGUCUCAGCAGGCGUUCAUGCAAAACAGCCUCUCCCAGACGUCUCCCAUGAUGAUGUCUGGCACACCGCUGCACAGUUACCCUGGGGUUCAGCCACCAGAACUGGGCAAGCACCAAUCCAACCUGGCCUUCCAGCAGACCUCAAACACCCAGCACAUCCCCAUCCUGUUUGAGCCUCAGCUGAACCAGCCCUCUGGCAUCGGAGGAUCACAGCUGAUAGACACACACCUACUGCAGCGUCAGGGAAUGAGUCAGCACUCAAACCUGUACUCUGGUCAGGUUCAGCAGCAGAGCAGUUACUACAGUUCAACACAGAGUCCUAGUUCCACCUUGCAGCAGGUGACUGUUCCUAUGCCGGGUUCACAGUUGUCUUUGCCCAACUUCGGCUCUGGUGGUGGUCAGCCACUCUUGGCUUUGCCUCAGUCCUUGCCUUCAACUCCUCCCCAAGCCCCGCCCCCCAGCCUCAACCGCCAGCCCCCCAGUAAUCUGCCCUACCGUGGCCUAAUUGGCCAGAAUACACACAGCAUGAUGCAGCCUUCCAAUAAGAUGUGUGAGAUGGAUCUGAAGCUCUUCAGUGGUGGAAUGGAUGUGAAGCCUGGAACACCACCUGUUAGUGCAAGAAGCACUACCCCAACUUCUAGCCCUUAUAGGGUGAGUUCCACAAGUCCCAGUAGUCAGUCUAACAAGAUGAACAGCAUGCUAUAUCCCAAACAGUUCCCAUCUGGAUCUGCAGGAAUGCGCAUUGCCCAGCACUUCCCCGGACAGUUCAACCCACAGAUGUUGUCUCAGGCCAACAUGGUGUCUCCGCUGGUGCGUCCACCCCAUGCAAACUUUCCUGGAGGGAUGCAGCGUUCACCUAUGGGUCAACCCAUGUCUUCUAACAUGAGCGGAGGUCUGAUGCCUCACCCUAGACCUCAACACCUUCCACGUGGACCCUCUGGUCCUCCUUUAGCACUGCGUGGAACACAGGCUGCCCUGAAAGCAGAACAGGACCUUAAGGCUAAACAGAGAGCUGAGGUUUUGCAGUCCACCCACAAGUUCUUCUCUGAGCAACAGCAGCUGAAGGCUCCAGUCAGCAAGUCCACCCGCAUGGAAGGGCCAGGCAGACCCAACAACAGUGUCACUUCAAAUCACCAGGGGGCACCAUCCGACCACCAAGAAUCUGACAAAACUACACCGCUAGCAACAACCAAACCCAUCAGAACAGGUCCAAUCAAACCGCAGGCCAUCAAACCAGAGGAGAGUAAAUAGUCAGAACUGCUUCAGAAAGGACAAGUAGAUUGAAGGAUGGAUGGAGAGGUCUGAUGUGAAGAGGGCAAUGUACUAGAGCACCUGAAAGCAGUUUAGGGAAUUAUAUGGAUGUAGAGUGAUAGAGGUUCAUAACGAGGUGCUGUGCAUUUCUCUCAUAUUGACUGUGCUCUUCUUCCUCAUCCUUUUAUCAGUCCAUCCAUUCUGUCCACAGCUGUGGUUGGCAUUAAGGUGAAAGCACCCCUUCAUUGUGUGUGUCCAAACUAAGAAACGUACAUCCCCAGAGAACAGUGAAGGUAGACAUCAACACAAAUUAAACUGGCUGCUGAAAACGCCAUUUUUAUAGCAAUAUGAUUUACUUUUCUCUUUUCCACCUCUUCCCCUGGAGAAACAUGUUUUAGACAGGAAGAUAUUUCCUUUUUUCAUUGAAAUUGUUUAUCCCAACUUUGUUUUUUGGUUCUUUCUCAAGCGGCGGCUCUUAAGUUGUUAUUGUGAUGUGACUGUGUACACACUCAUGCAUACCAUUACUGUGUGUGUGCACAUAUUGCUCCACAUUGUCUGUACUAAUAAUUACCUUUUCUUAAUAUUUUCACCUCAACCAUAUGUAUUGGCCUUAACAAAACAAAUCAUUUCAGCAGAUUAAGAACUGGUUACGGAUGUAUUUGUUUAAUUCAUCGAUCACAGUCUACACUGUGAGCCUUCCCUCCUGCCUUCUCAGUAGUCUAUGCCUGCAAGAAUUGAAGAUUGUGCAUUUGCGUCUGUGCAAGAGUACCAUGAAUCUUUAGCCAAAGGAUAGGCCCCGAAAGACCUGAAUCCUUUUAGAUAAAUAUAUAUGAUUUUGAAAAAAACAGUUGACAGCUCUGCUUUGUCAACAGCUAGUAGAAUUACAAUGGAAUGUUUUCUUUUAUUGUUUUUUGUAAACGGUUACUCCAAACCAUGCCUAUGUUUGAUGUGUCCUAAGAUUAAGCCCCUCCCCUUAUUCUGUGAAUGUGAGGACAGACACUUCUCAAACUUACUCCAGUCUUUCAUCAUCCAGCCUAUUCACAAAGCUCCCAACCAUGCUGCUGACUAGCUCUGACUCUCCUGACCAAUCACUGCAGAGAAGGGGCGGGGUUUGGGUUGGGGCGAGAACAUUGAGUGCAAGGCAGCCAGAUUCGAUGAGGGGUUGGGGGCAAGAGUGAUAAGUCUUGGAACAGAGGCUCUCAAAUGUUUGUGAAAAAGGACUCCUCUGUUAUGGUGACCACAGGACUGAGUAUAUAAGAUGUUUCACUGAACCACUCCUCUUUGGUUGCUAAUAAAAAGAAGGGGCCGGCAAAUGAACAAGGGUUUCAGUAAGGCUCCCCAUUUCUUGUUUGUUUAGUAGGAAUUAGAAACUACAAACAGAAGGGGAGGAGAGGAAUUUAUAUUUUGUUUUUGUUUUACUUGUACAGGGGUUAAAUCGCUGUAUUAAAAUAUGUAAGGUCUUAUUUACAUUAUCCUGGUUUGGUUACAGAAACAAAUAAAAUAAUAUGCUGUUAUAAAUGGACUGCGGUUGUUUGCUGUUUAAUGGAUUAAAUGACUGCGUGUGUCCACCAAAAAUGGACUAUGGUACUGACAAUGUAAUUAACACAUUUAAGAGUUUGUAUAUAUUUUACAUUUGCUGUGGCAUUUUUCCAGAUUGUGAGCAAUUUUCAAACUUAAAAUGUAUACACCUAGACAAGAUAACACUCUUGAGGUAACAUUGUGAUUCAUUUAUUUUGAUGCUAGGGGGCGCUAUAUCUUAAUAAUCCUAUUUUUGUAAUU